ACCAACAGUGCGAUGGAGCCGCUACGUCCAGCGAGUCAAGAAGAAAUAAGAAAACUAAUUCAAAUCUACGAGCGAAACCUUCCAGAGUCUGUACAAUUCAUUUCGUUAUUGCAAAAUAUUAUACGCGUAAAUACGACACUUUGUGGAUUUGAAGCAGAAGAAAUUUCGCACAGGGUGCAAAAAACCAUUUACAUUCCGAACAAUGAGACCAUUGAUCAGUUUGCAACGUUUGUAGCGAUCAGUCGCGAAAAUGAUCCAUUCGUUCUGAUGCAUACUUUAGAAUAUCCUCCUACUGUACUUACUAAUGUGCUUAAAAAAUCAAACUACAUUAAAUGGAACCACAAACCAACAAUUGUCAUUGGCGGAAACAGUCCAACAUGUGCAAAUCUUUCUCAAAUAUUAGAAGAGCGCAUAUUGCGUUUAGAUGUACUGUCAGAUUGCAUCAAUUACUGGAUACCGUGUGAAGAAGCUACAAAACUCAGCUUUGUCGUUCCCAGCGAUGUAGAGUUAAAACCAUUACAAAUAGAACAUGGAAAAGUAUUAAACGAAUGGUGGCCCUAUCGUUACAAAGCGUCACAAUGUUACAUAGAAUCCGCCAUCAAACUUAACGGAGGACUCGGGCUGUUUGACAAAACCUCAGGAGAGCUCGUAGCAUGCGUUUUUCAAAAUGACCAUGACGCUGUGGGACAUUUGUAUACUGUUCCCGAUCGCAACAAUAGAGGUUAUGGAAGUACGCUUGCUAAAGCAUUGACUAGACAAAUCGCAAUUCAAUAUAAGCAACAUGUGCAUACGUUUAUCAAUGAAAAUAAUGAUCGAUCAGUAAGAUUGUUUAAAAAACUUGGAUUUAAGGCUGUUAACCGAACAAUUUGGUAUACUACAUCAUGA